UACAUCAGAAUAAAUAACUUGUGAUUCAGUGUAUAUUCACAAACAGUAUAUACCCUGUGUUUCCAGAUUAUUAGGGUAAAUACACCGAGGAGCAGGUCUGUUGGGGACAAAUAAAGUAGUUAGAAGUGUUUAUCGCCCCCUAGUGGGCGAAUUGAUGUGUCCAUGGUAACCCAGUGUCAACAUUUCGAGUUGGUGAACGUGUGUGUUAGCCGAGAUGUCCGAGAUGUCCGCGCUGAGUAGGAAGUUAAUUCAAAACUUGGCUGAAACUCUAUCUAAACAAGUUAAACACUUUAAUAAAACUGAAGCAGAGUGCCUGAUCCGGCUGUUUAACACACUGCUGGGAGAACAGACAACAGAGAGGAAAGUGCCUCAUGGACUGGACCGGGGAACAUUCCGCAACAUCCUGCACAACACCUUCGGACUGACUGAUGAUAUGAUUAUGGACCGAGUUUUCCGUGCCUUUGACAAGGACAAUGAUAGCUACAUCACUGUUAAAGAGUGGAUAGAAGGACUAGCGGUCUUCCUCCGAGGGACACUAAAUGAGAAAAUAAAAUUCUGUUUUGACGUAUACGACUUGAAUGGGGACGGCUACAUAUCCCGAGAGGAAAUGUUCCAUAUGCUGAAGAAUAGCCUGAUCAGACAGCUGACUGAGGAAGACCCCGAUGAAGGAAUAAAGGACCUCGUGGAAAUAAUACUAAAGAAAAUGGAUUAUGACCACGACAGCAGACUUUCCUAUUCAGACUUUGAAAAGGCUGUGAGGGAUGAAAAUCUGUUAUUAGAGGCUUUUGGAUCUUGUCUUCCUGACACAAAGUGUAUACAGGCUUUCGAGCAGCACGCAUUCCAGGAAACAACGAGGACCUGAAUUGCUUAAAUAACAACGUCACAACAAGGUUGUGCAGCUCCUGUAACACGUGUUACUCUGUAGGAAUUGUUUGAAUGCGGUUAAAUUCUUCUUCGUGGCUUUGAGGUGGUACUGGUGGUUUUUGUUUCUGUGGGAACUGUAGAAACCUAAAAAGAAAAAAAUAUAUUUUCAAAGAUGUGAAAUAAAUAGCACACCUUCCUUCUGUCACAUCCCUGAAUGUGCUAAAAAUGACACAAUAUGACUCUUACAUACAAAUAAUACUAAAAUUCUGCGUGUACUACAUACAUCGCAUGCUAGUAUCAUAUCUGUUUUUUUAUUAUAAGUGAUUGUUAUACGUGUAGCCAUGCAAGUUAAGCAUAUUUUAUUUUAAAAGUCUUGUAUAUAUUUUUAAAGGAGUAUUAUCUUGGUUACAGCAACACAGUAAUAAAAUGGUUGGGACAUUUCUAUACACACCUAUAUUAAAAAUAUAUAUCCAAUUAAAAUCUUUGGGAACGUAUCAUUUCAAAAACUGGUUAUUAUAUAGAAUUAUAAAAUAUGUCAAGACAAUACACACAGAUCAUGAAAGCACAUGAUCUGUGUGAAUCUGUCAUGCUUAUCACAUGACUGAUUCAGUUCAGAUGUGACUAAAAUCACAGAGAUUGUUUGGAUUUACCAUCACUACACUUUCCCAAACGAAAUACAAAGAAAUGCAGUUUAGUCAAUAUUUAGAAAACGUCGGCCAUGAGAAAACGGUCAAUCACACACCCUGCAACUAACUGCAACUUUAUCAACACUAUUUUUCAGCUUACCUUUGUCAUUGUUUGUCUGAUUAAGUUGGCUGUUGUGUUUAAUGAAGCAUCUUUCAUGUCCAUUAUCUCUUGUUCUGGUAGUUUUGGUCCAAACAUGGGAGUAUUUUUGUCUGACAUUCCCAACAAAUCCAUACUAUCCUCCAUUUUCCUCUUUCUGUUUUCCAAAUGUGUUGUCCUUGGUAUAAACCUUGGUACAAUGGAUGGAGGAUUUUUGGAUUUUUGAGUCCUGUCUCUUUCGUCCUUUUUAGCAGAUGCUGAGUUUGGAAAAUUUGAGGUCUGUUUAGAAAGUUCUGCAUUAGCUGGGAUGAAAUGAUGUAGAGAUCCCAUCUUAUCCUCUGUAGAUUCACUUGUUUGUAGACUGUGUGAUUUAAAUCCCCAUGAAGAUAAACACUGCUGAGGGGCUUCUUCCUGUGAUGGUAAGGGCAACAGUGGAAACCCUGAAUAAGUGUUGGGAUUUGAAGUCUCUGUUUGAGCACUGUCUCCAUCUCCCUGUGCGUUUGCCGGUGCCGGUGCUGACGAGUCCGCAGGUUUUUUGGACCCUGUGUGUUUCUUUUUACAUUCUGUUUCUGUAACAAUAUAUUAUGCAUGAACUAUUGAUAAAUUUAGAAUAAUGCCUAGCAUUUUGC